UGAGUCUUCCCUCAAAAUCACUCGCCUCAAAGUUUUCAUUACUCUGAAACACACUUUGAAAAUUUUCAAUUCGCUUGAGAAUGAUUUCUGUUGAAGUCCAAUUCGAGGAAGCUAAAAAGAUAAGCCCCAAAAUAUCAGAUCAGUGACUUAGUUUUUUUUAAUGCUGUUAGAUGUUCAUUUUCGUUCUUUCAUGUUUUCGAGAUUGGAACGAUGCGUGCGUACUUGUAAAAAUUAAAGUGCCGAGUUUUAUCCUCUUAGAUAUACUGUUUGCUUAUUUUUCGAGAAAAUUGCUGGCGUGAUCAUAAAAGAACAGCGAUUACCUGUAUUUUCUGCGAUAUAUAGAAAACAUAGCUGAAGUUUUAGCUGGCAAAACUAUUUUCUGUAUUGCAAAUACAGUGGACAAAAAUGACUCGAUUGCCGCGAAUUAAAAGUGGUCGGUACUGGUUUUAUUGACCACUGUAAUACACUGUGACUGAAUGAUGCAACACCAGGUAUUUUUCAUAUGAAGCUAUCCAAAAUUAUCAAUUCAAGACGCGGAGAAAAUACUUUAAUUAAUUGUGGUUGUGUUGCUGAAAAGUGGUUUAGCUGGCUUUUCAAUUUUUUUGCUUGCUUUGUUUAUGGCUUUUGGUCCAGUCCAUUACUUUUGCCAGUACCAAUAGAGAGAAGUUCUUUGCUAAACUGGAGAUACCUGUGCCAAAUUACUGUGUUUCUGCUUGUUCUCGGUUUUCAACCUUUCUGCAUACUUUUCACAUAAAAUCAUAACUACAAAGCUCCUCGUUACCUGAGGUAUUUGGCCGUACCAGAACUGCAGUGUUUUCGUUUUAACCAGUCAUUCCAGUUUUCUACGAGAAAAAUCUCAAGAAUUGAUUUAGUUAUUUUAACUGACUCAGUGUAUGAUUAUUUCUGGAAAGGGGAGGAAUUUAGGCUUGUGUUUGCACACUUAGCCAAUUAUCAUCGUCAUCGAAAUAACUUGCCGGUGUUUUGAGCAAUUAUCUCCGUACCUUAAACAAACAUUAAACGUGCGAUUAAAUAUCGAAUCAUCACCAUUUGAUCAUCAAAGAUUCCCAUAACCACUUGAAAUCAGUUGUGAAAUAUCUGAGAACAUUUUUGAAGGAGCUGAAACUAAUAAUAACAUUCCAGAAUCCAGAACAAAAAUCAUCAUUCCAUCUUCAAGCCGCAUGGAAUUGCAAUCAUUUUCACGAUGUUGACUUCACAGCUUGAAUAAAAAGCUUUCGUAAGGAUUCCUGUGUUGAUUACUUGGCCAGGUUGUUGAAGUUUUAUGUGUUUUGUCCUGUGACAAACUUUCAUCAUUUUGCGUUACGCUCAGCUAUAGAGACGGUUGAUCCUUUUCCGCCUAGACACAAAAAACUGAAACGCGUUUAAACUGGUCGUCGCCAAUUAUACAGUCUGCCAUCGCGUUUUAAAUUCCUAAACACUCAAUUAAAGCGCCAUAGGCUGAAACGUGUUCAAACAUUCGCUGUUUCCAUUUUCGGGUUAGAACAAUCCGAGUACCUGCCAGAACGAACGCGAUUCCUAAUUGGUGGUUUUCAUUCCGACAAUAAUCCUCCUUCAACUUUCACUUUCAUUUGCUAUACGCCUCGUGGAAUUAAGCGAGCGUUUCCUGCUUUCAAAAAUUACAGAAGUUUCCCAUGUUUUGAUCAUUUAAGGUGAGUUACCAAAAUAGACAUCUAUUGUUCCCGAUCAAACAAAUUACGGGGAUACCUUAAUUAUCAGCAUCUAUUUAGUUUUCCCACACUCAUUUUAUUAGAAACUUUUCCUGCCACUGAUUUGCACAGAGGUGAGCUCUCCAAUUUCUCACAGUUCGAAACAUCCCUGCUGUAAAACCCAAGCCAAGUUAGUCCCUAGGAUUAGAUGCGACACUUGUUUAGCGCGUCUUGCUAUAAAUCAGUUAGAAGCAGCUCUCCCAGAAUUGCUGUUUACGUUUAGAGGGAACGAUUCUUGAUCCCGUUGAUUCAAUCAAUAAUCGACCCGCUUUAAUCAAGUGCUCUUUGCUACAAAAUACUUUCACAAUCGGACUCAAAAUCUUACUUGUAGAGUAAUGCGACAUCACUGAGACAUCAGCAUCGUCAAAUCCUUAAUGUUAAUACUGAUAACGUGCCAAUUAUUUGGUAAAGCAAAUAUUCCAGAUAUACCGACAUUUACUUUGCUCAGAUUGUAGCCGCGGAUAUCUUUGCCUAGUUAGCCACUUCCUUAUUCCCUUUAUUUGUCCAAAGUAUUCCACUUGACUUUCAGGACCAAAGCUCCAGUAAUUAGAAGAACAAGGAAUUAGGAAGUUCACAGGAAUAGUUAAGUUUUGCGUAUGUGCGCCAAGUUUCGUCAAUCACUUCAUUUCACUAGCAUCGUUUUAUUGUUGACGGAGGAACUAGAAAGAAAUUGUCCCAGUUUCCUAAACCCCAAGUCUCGACAUUUUAUUGCUUGAGUUUACCUUUAGUCAUCAAAUCCACUACUUUCUACCGUACAUAAUUAAUCACUGCUGUAGUGCUUAUCAAAUCAUCUUAGCCCCAAACUGUAGUUGCCUUGUUCUGUUCCCUACCAUACCACAACUGUAGAGAAAGAACUCCUAGCUUUGGUUUCAUUGCAUCGUUUGCUUUCUUGCCUUAAAUACACUUAGCACAGUGCCUUAUUUAUUCGUGAUCCUUAUUUUCUCGUUUGCCUUCAACCUUUGCCAAACGUUUGCCUGAAAUUUAAUUCAGCAAAACUAGUUUAUCAAUUAACCAAAUCGAGUUAUUAGUGCUUACUAGCUAACUCAGCUCCGAACUUCAGGAGCUCUAAAUCACAAUCUUAAAACAUGGAUAUUGUUAGAUCCUUCUCCGAAGACAUGGGUCGCUUCCUCGACAGUCUGACCACAGAACUCAAGGUCGAUGCCGAAGAAGCCGACUCUCGUGAUCAGAUAUCUCCGAGCUCCACGUCAACGUUGAAUACCCCAAACUCCGCUCCCCAGCGCACUCCACCUUCGGCCGGAAAAGACUCAGGAAUCUCCGAUGCUUCCCCGAGUUCGAGUAGCAGCUCAUCUUCGAUCGGAUCCGUAAUGAUUUCCGCUCUACCGAAACCUCCUAGUGGGAAGAAGUCUAAAAUCGACGACAUUGCGUGGAAUCUAGCUUGUGAGCCGAGCUCCACAACCAAAGACGAGGAUGACGUCAGUACUGCAAUGGCUGCAGACGAGGCAGCCGAUUUCUCUUCUCUAGUCAGUUCUCCUGUCAUGGAGAUUCCCAGCUUCCCCGCCGACAUCAGUGAGUUUCUGGGUUCGAGUAGUGAAUUGAUCGACAGCGGGGUCAAAACGGGAAACGGAGACCCACUGGACUUAGGAGUGGGAAAAAGCACUCCUGCAUCUAGACGCGGAAAUCCAAACAGACCAUAUAAGUGCGAAGUUUGUGGACUUGCCUUCACCCAAAAAGGAAAUCUUUCCCGACAUAAGCAAAUUCACACUCCUUUCAAGCCAUUCAAAUGUGACGUGUGUGACUACGCCUCGCGACGAAAAGAUGCCCUGAUCAACCAUCGAUCCACUCAUUGUGUGGAGAAGCCGUUCAAAUGCUCAAAGUGUAAACUAGCCUAUAAGCAGAAAUCGUCUUUGCGAGAUCAUCUGAGAUCAAGUCACAAGCUGACGACUGAAGAAAUCCGAGAAAUCUUACCGCCUGAUAACAUACUUCCGGGGACCGGAUUCGAAAUGAAUAACGGACAGCCAGCUAUAAAGAGAAAGACGAGUACUUCGCCAAGCUUGAAUAACUCGGACGUUUUGAGUGGAUCCGAAAUGGGAGCGUUUGAUAAUGGGAGCAGUGGGAAUCGAACCCCGUCUCCUUUAAAUGGCAGCGGAAGAGUCAGCCCAGACGACGAAAGGUCGCAAAUCAUCAAAAAAAUCAUCGUUGAAUCUAGCACUGGAGAACCCGAGGAACAUGAGGCAAGCGUCCAAGAGAAAGAACAAGAGCCGAUGAAUUUCUGCAAGCGAGAACAAGAGGACUCUCCAAAAGCUGAGUUUGCAGAACGCAAAAGAAGCAAUUGCGAUCAGCCUGAAGAUUUGUCUGUCAAGAAAAAGAAUUCAUCGCCUAUCAGACAGGACGAGAAAAAGGAAAAGGAUGCCAAAACAAGUCACAGUUUAGCCGAAAAGCAAGCUCAACUUCUCCAGCAAGCCAUCAGAACACAAACUGCACACAUGGGGUCAGCAAACAGCCAGUUCGCUAAUGCAAACCAAGCAACUCCAGCUGCCACAAUGGCCUACCUUGGGGCUCUAUUUGGCAACAAAGGAAAUGGGUUUACGAACAACGUCGGCCAAAAUCCAAUGACGGCAUCGAUGACCGCUGCACAACAAGCACAAGCCUAUCUGUACAUGAACGCAAUGAAACUGCAGGAACGACAAAAUCAAAACUACUGGAAAAUGUACAACCAACAGAUGAACGGAGCUAAGACUUCUAACGUUGCACCAAGCUCCUUCCUUGGUCAUUGGAAUGCCCAAUCGCCCAACGCUGUCUCCGCUGCAAGUUUGACCCCGUUUAGUUCUCCGGCAAACGUAAACAAACAAGUGCUGACACCGAGAAACUCAGUGACAAACAACGGAACCUUGUCUUUGUCGCCGCAUAUAAAACACGAGCAUGAAGGAUCCCCUGAUAAAAGUGCCACUUCGCUUGCUGAUUGUUCUCCCUCCCCUAAUGGUAGCUCGUUCAAAUUGUGCGAGCCAUGCCGUGCGAAGCACUUAGAGUGCGAAACAUGUCAGAUCUUGUUCACGGACACAGUCAUGUACACGAUUCAUAUGGGCGUGCACACUAAAUCCAACCCCCUCCAGUGCAACAUUUGUGCGUUUGUUGCAACUUCGAGCUAUGAUUUCGCGUCACACUUAGCGCGAGGAGAUCACAAAGCGUCUGAUACUUCGACCAGCGAAACGCCGGCGGAAUAAACUGUACAGUAAACGAUAUUAAUGUUCCCAAUCAAACUUGCCUUAUAACAUUAUGACUUAACAUUUUCAAACUCAUUUAGAUUAAAUAUUCGCCUCAAAAAAUUGUGUGCCUUCAUUUCCUUAAUCAACUUGAAGUGUCCUUUUGAUUUCUUGUCCAAAUUGUCUAUCUUUUCUCUUAAACAAUUCCAUUUCUGACAUAUUGA